AUGACAUCCUCCUUCGAGUCCAAUACUGCCGCUAUCCUGCUGCAGAGGCAGGGACUUCUUGUUACUGGACAACGCCCUGUUCCUUCGCCUGGUUCAUUGGAAGUCUUGGUCCGCAACAAAGUGGUCGCUGCAAACCCUUCUGACUGGAAGAUUCAGAGCUAUGGUGUUCUCAUCGAUGGAUUCCCUGCAGUUCUCGGCAGCGAACUUACAGGCGUCGUCGCGGCUGUGGGAUCUGGUGUGACGCGUUUCAAAGAAGGUGACCGUGUGAUGGGCUUUGCGCUUGGUGUACUUCAGGCAAAUAGCAACAAGGCAGCGUUCCAGACAUACACCUUGAUGGACGAGGCCGCGACAGCCCACCUGCCUGACAGUCUCACCUUUGAAGAGGGCGCAGUGCUUCCUGUCGGCAUGAUUACUGCUUCGAUCGCCUUGUUUAAGAGUCUUGGGUUGCCCAUGCGCGAAAAGGCGCAACAUGAACAAAGCGCUAUUGUGGUAUGGAGUGGAGCUUCGGCAGUUGGUGUUGCGGCCUUGCAGACUGCACAUGCAUUGGGAUGGUCCGUGUUUGUGACAGCAAGCCCAAAGCAUCACAAAUGGUUGAAAGACCUCGGUGCUACAGACGCUUGGGAUUACCGGGACUCAGAAGUGGCACCAAGGAUAGCUCAGGCUAUUAAGAGUGAAGGAUUGACUAUUCGUGGCGUGGUUGACGCCAGGUCUGAGGGCUCCUCUUUUGCUUCAGUGGCAGCUAUAACCAAUGCGGCCGGCUCUGCCGAUAGAGUCAAGGUCGGCACACUCGCAGCAUGGCCGGAAGAUGUGUCGAUCCCAGAGACGGUUGAAGUCCAUCACGCCGACUGUUCUCGGUUCACUCAGGAAUAUCCCGAGAUCGGCCGCUGGGUGUUUGGAGGUUGGUUACAGAAAGCACUCGAAGACGAGAAAGUCAAGUCUGCCCCGAGGCCUCACCUGAUCGAUGGGGGCUUGGGAGCGGUUCAGAAGAUGCUUGACUGUCUCAAAGCUGGAGCCAGUGGAGAGAAAUUCAUUGUGAAGGUUUAG